GUUUUCUUCUUGCUAUCGCUAUAUUGUAUCCUCGUCAGCGGCGUCUCCUAUCUGCUUCUCAUUUUAUCUUCAUAAAGCAGGUGGGCGACAAACAUCGCUCCGUCGAAAUCGCCCUUCAAGUUCACCGCCUAAGGAGACGUGAAGCACUCGAAUCGUCCCGGAGUCGAAAGUGGAGGAUCGUAUACAAAGUCCAAACUCCACAUAUUCACCGUCACUCGUAACCAUCAGCAAUGUCUACCUCACUCUACACCCCAAUAUUUCCCACAUCCGAAGCCAUCUCUGCCAAGUUAGAAUCUCUACAGGAACCCAGACCGAAGGCGUCGCCGACUAACCGCAAACUCCCAGACUCCAUCGGCGUAGCUCGUACUCGAGCUCGGACUCGCAACGCAAACACCGUGAACGGCAACGCCUCUCUCCAUACCUCUACAUCUUCCACCACCAUAUCCACUGCCACAUCAUCCUCCAGAUCCUCCUCGAACAGCGCCAAACUGGCAUCUUCACAUACAUCCUCUGCUCUCAAAACCCCCUCCACCUCCAAAGCUGCUUCCAAUCGCCCUUCGACCUCGAAGACAAAACCAACGCCGAAUGCAAAGAAACAGAAACGUCACCAUUACGGAAGCAAGCUUCGCAAGAUGCACCUCGCACUCUCUCAACUCCCGCACGAACUUGCACCUCCUUCGCCUACGCAGUCUUACGCCUCUCUUCCUCUGCCCCUUGUCAACGGCCGUAGUAACGGCCCCGUUCCGCUUGCGGGCGAUUCGUCGUCGAUACCGGGGUUACCACUCGCUCCUCGAACUCCUAAGACCAACGACACUCGGGCCAACAACACGAAAGAGGGCACCAUAACCCCAGACACGACCGGCGACAACAGAGUAGAUCCAAAGUACGUUGAGGACCUCACGCGCAAAAUCCGCCACGCGAUUCGUCAAGCGAAUGAUGACCCCACGUCGGCGAAAUGGACACAUGUACAUGCGCUGGUCAGGAUGGGAUGUACGACUGGGAGGUGGUUGGGUGUUACAGGGGGGUUGACGUCGGCUGGGAGGGAUAGGGCUGGUCCGAUGCUGUAUGAGCAGGAGGAGGAAGAGGCAGGAGAGGGGGAGGAGGAAGGAGAAGGACCGAAGCGGACAAAAUGGCUGCUUGCGGAGACGGAGGAGGAAUGGGAGGAGUGGGAGAAGCAGAGAGAGGAGGAGAGGAAGAGGAGGGAUGCGAAGGGUAAAGGGAAGGCCAGCGCUUUUCCUUCUCUUCCGUCUGCUCCGGCUUCGGCCCUUGGGCCUGCUGGGACUGUUAUAUUGGCUGGUGGCGCAAGUAGAGGAAAGAUAAAACAGGGCGACGAUGCGAAGGGGAAGAGCAAGAAGACCGACGAGGCAUCUACGGUGGCGAAGAAAACCCCGGCAGUACGUCCGGCCGCGACCGCUACGACUGGCUCGACUUCCACUAUAGUCAACCCGAAGACCUCCGUCAAGGCGACUAUGAAGCCGAGGUCGUCCGCCACCGCCACAACUGCCACCACCAGCAUUAUCACCGGCGAUACAUCAUCCACUACUCGUCCUCAAGCUACAAGCACUUCCGUGACCUCAGCAACCACAGCCUACCCAUUUACCUCUAUACUCACUAGCCCUCUCGCAUCUCGUACUGAGUCCGUUCCCGCAAAUGGUCUCGCCCCAGUCGCGGCUGCAGCGACCGUUACUCCAGCUCCAGCUCAACCUGCCCAAACCACAGACGAGACACCAGCACCAGCACCAGUACCUGUACCUCUGUUACCUCCAGCGAGCUCCCAGGCGGACGAUAUAUUUGGCGUGCCGUCUACAUCUCAACGCAUCCGUGCCGAAGUCGGACGAUGGAAGAGUUCCCUGACUGUCCAGCAGCAGAAGAAAAUGGACGAGAUCGUACGAACAAACGCGGUGUCCGGGGAAGUCUUACAAGUCACAGAAGAAGAGAUGGUGUCCAGUUCGCAGUCACAGCCGCAAUCCCAGGAUCCACAACCACAGGCGCAGGCGCAGGGCAAGAAGCAGAGUCCGCUGGAGUUCGCGGUGAGGAAGCAGGGCGCUGUGGCUAAUGCUGUGGGUAACAAGAAGGACGGGAACAAGGAUAAGGUCAAGGUUGUGGGGAAGGCGUCGAGGUUCUUCGAUGCUAAUGACGUUGGUCCGGUUGCUGGUGCUGCGGCAGGCAGCAGUGCUGGUAGGGAUGCACAUGCAGGGGACAAAGAGGCGGAGAAGGAAGUGGAGAAGGAGCUCCAUGCCGAGGCGCAUGACGAGACUCCGGAUAAGAGCGAGGGCAAAGCGAAGGAAGUAGAGCCUGAAGUCGAGGACGAGGCGCAGGCACAGGCGGAGGAGGCGGAGGUUGAAGCUGAAACUCAGACCGACGAUGCGACCGAUGCUCCCAAAGUGAGCAGCAUUUAUGAUGUGCCCGAG